ACGCGCACUCAGAUUGUUCUAGAGUGCUCCACGUACAGGGCCAUCUUUGGUCGUCCUCGCCGGUGACAGUGUGGACAGUUUAUUCCAUUGGUCAUUAAAAGCCUGGCGAUUUGUGAAUAAUACUUAACUUUGAACGAGCACUUUUGAAGCACUCGGGCAGAGAAAGGCGAGCCGGAUCCCCGCUUAUUUGUGGACCCACUUUUGCAUUAUUUCCUUCAGUACCCUUCAUUUCUUGAGGCGAAAAGAGGGCGAGACGGGAGAGGCGGUGAUACAACAUGGAUGAGGAAUAUGAUGUGAUCGUUUUGGGCACCGGACUCACAGAAUGCAUUCUGUCCGGGAUCAUGUCUGUGAAUGGGAAAAAGGUUCUGCACAUGGACAGGAACCCUUACUAUGGUGGCGAGAGCUCCUCCAUCACCCCUCUGGAGGAGCUGUACAAGCGCUUCAGUCUUCCAGAUAGCCCACCUGAGUCGAUGGGCCGAGGAAGAGACUGGAACGUGGAUCUCAUCCCCAAGUUUCUCAUGGCCAACGGUCAGCUUGUGAAGAUGCUGCUGUACACAGAGGUGACACGGUACCUGGACUUUAAAGUAGUGGAGGGAAGCUUCGUUUACAAAGGAGGAAAAAUCUACAAGGUGCCAUCGACCGAGACCGAGGCGCUAGCUUCAAAUCUGAUGGGAAUGUUUGAGAAGAGGAGGUUUAGGAAGUUCUUAGUCUUUGUGGCCAACUUCGACGAGAAUGACCCCAAGACCUUCGAGGGCGUGGACCCCAAAACAACAACGAUGAGGGAUGUUUACAAGAAGUUUGACCUCGGCCAGGAUGUCAUCGACUUCACCGGCCACGCCCUGGCCCUCUACAGGACAGACGACUACCUUGAUGUCCCCUGUUUGGAGACGAUCAAUCGCAUCAAGCUGUACAGUGAAUCGCUGGCACGAUAUGGGAAGAGCCCCUACCUGUACCCCCUGUACGGCCUGGGGGAGCUGCCCCAGGGAUUUGCCAGAUUGAGUGCAAUCUACGGAGGAACCUACAUGCUGAACAAACCCGUGGAUGAGAUUGUGAUGGAAGGAGGUCAUGUAGUUGGAGUGAAGUCUGAGGGCGAGGUUGCUCGCUGUAAGCAGCUGAUCUGUGACCCCAGCUACAUCCCCGACCGCGUCCGCAAGGCGGGUCAGGUAAUCCGUGUGAUCUGCGUCCUGAGCCACCCCAUCAAAAACACCAACGACGCAAACUCCUGCCAGAUCAUCAUUCCUCAGAACCAGGUUAACCGCAACUCAGACAUCUAUGUGUGCAUGAUCUCCUAUGCACACAAUGUGGCCGCCCAGGGGAAGUACAUCGCCAUUGUCAGCACCACAGUGGAGACCAGCGAGCCCGAGGCUGAGAUCGAGCCGGCCCUGGAGCUGCUGGAGCCCAUCGACCAAAAGUUUGUGGCUAUUAGUGACCUUUAUGAGCCCACGGAUGAUGGCACUGAGAGCCAGGUCUUCGCCUCAAGCUCCUAUGACGCCACCACCCACUUCGAGACGACCUGCAACGACAUCAAGGACAUCUACAAACGUAUGACCGGGAGCGACUUUGACUUUGAGAACAUGAAACGCAAACAGAACGACGUGUUUGGGGAGGACGAGCAGUGAGCAGGUUGUUAAAAAAAAAAAAAGAAAGGGGUUUCCUGAGAGAAGGGCGGGGGCCGGGGAGAGGAGGCGGGGCUUAAAAGGGGGGAAAAAAAAGAGAUGGCAGAGCCCGUGUUAGAAAGCCGGGGCUGUCCGAGCAGUCCUUUAAAACAAAACAAACAAAAAAACAACGGGUUGGGCGUGGCGCGUGUGUCGGGAGAGGGUUUGUGUCCUGGGCUCUGCCUCCUUUCUCCUUACGUCCCUCUCUCUCUCGAUUCAAACACAUAAAAGCUCACAAACACACACAUAACACUCUGUUCAAAUACUCACACUCCUUAUCUCUGUCACCGAAAAGCAGGGUUGAUACGGUCUUUCAUUCCAUUGUAGAAUUUUACAGUAUAAUCAUGUCUUAACUGUUCUCAUUAGAGGUGAAUUUAUUACUUGUUGUCGGCGGCGAUUUCCUCGAAAAACAUUCUUCAUUCUUUCUGUAACGUCUCUCUCUCCUCAUAUCAGAGGUCGGCCGGAUGAAAUGAAAGAUUGAUGGCGUCGAGAGGGUUUGAAGCGCGAGCUCUGACAUGAGAGAUACCUGUAAUGGCUUUAGUGUAGAAUCCUCUGGAAGGGUCACCUCCAGUGUACAUGCAUGCCUCUUUUACACACAGUAGUAUUUGUACAUAGACUCUUAACGACACUGCGGUAUGAAGGCUGGACCAUUCCACGCAUCGCUCCUGUCAACCCUGCUUUCACUUUUCUCUUACUUGGUCUUUUACAUGUGUUACUUCAACGAAAAAACAAAAAAAAAAAAAGUAAAAAGACGUCGCUCCUUUUGGCAAAAAUCUGUUGGUCGGGCAAAUUAAAAAAAAACAAAAAUGUGAUGAAUAAUUACAUAUAAAUGGGCUGUUCUGUCAACUGAUAGUGCUCACUUUGCAAUGCUGUUGUGUUCCCUGUGCUAGCAGGCAAGCUAACCAGUGGCUAAUAACCGUCACCCAAACCCCCUCCUCC